AUGUGGCGAUCGCCACUCCCCGUCGGUAGCGAAGGCCCCCACACACCACCAGCAUUCCCCACUCCUUCCUCCCUGCUUCCCCACUCCUUCCUCCCUGCUUCCCCACUCCUUCCUCCCUGCUUCCCCACUCCUUCCUCCCUGCUUCCCCACUCCUUCCUCCCUGCUUCCCCACUCCUUCCUCCCUGCUUCCCCACUCCUUCCUCCCUGCUUCCCCACUCCUUCCUCCCUGCUUCCCCACUCCUUCCUCCCUGCUUCCCCACUCCUUCCUCCCUGCUUCCCCACUCCUUCCGCCCUGCUUCCCCACUCCCUCCUCCCUGCUUCCUCCAUCCCUCCGCCCUGCUUCCCCCCUCCCUCCGCCCUGCUUCCCCCCUCCCUCCGCCCUGCUUCCCCCCUCCCUCCGCCCUGCUUCCCCCUCCCUCCGUCCUGCUUCCCCCCUCCCUCCGCCCUGCUUCCCCCCUCCCUCCGCCCUGCUUCCCCCCUCCCUCCGCCCUGCUUCCCCCUCCCUCCGCCCUGCUUCCCCCCUCCCUCCGCCCUGCUUCCCCCCUCCCUCCGCCCUGCUUCCCCCCUCCCUCCGCCCUGCUUCCCCCCUCCCUCCGCCCUGCUUCCCCCCUCCCUCCGCCCUGCUUCCCCCCUCCCUCCGCCCUGCUUCCCCCUCCCUCCGCCCUGCUUCCCCCCUCCCUCCGCCCUGCUUCCCCCCUCCCUCCGCCCUGCUUCCCCCCUCCCUCCGCCCUGCUUCCCCCCUCCCUCCGCCCUGCUUCCCCCCUCCCUCCGCCCUGCUUCCCCCCUCCCUCCGCCCUGCUUCCCCCCUCCCUCCGCCCUGCUUCCACCCUCCCUCCGCCCUGCCGCUCUGCUUCCCCCGUCCCUAUGCCCUGCUUCCCCCCUCCUUCUGCCAUGCUUCCCCCCUCCCUCCUUUCUGCUUCCCCCCUCCCUAUGCCCUGCUUCCCCCCUCCUUCUGCCAUGCUUCCCCCCUCCCUCCGCUCUGCUUCCCCCUUCCCUAUGCCCUGCUUCCCCCCUCCUUCUGCCAUGCUUCCCCCCUCCUUCUGCCAUGCUUCCCCCCUCCCUCCGCUCUGCUUCCCCCCUCCCUAUGCCCUGCUUCCCCCCUCCUUCUGCCAUGCUUCCCCCCUCCCUCCGCUCUGCUUCCCCCUUCCCUAUGCCCUGCUUCCCCCCUCCUUCUGCCAUGCUUCCCCCCUCCCUCCUCUCUGCUUCCUCCCUCCUUCUGCCAUGCUUCCCCCACCCUCCGCCCUGCUCACCACCACCCUCAGAGAGGUGAGCGCCACGCAUCACGCGAGCCUUCGAUUUCCCCGGCCUGCCCCUCCUCUCCCUCGAUCUCACCAUCUCUCCUCUCCCUCCCCAUGUGCCUCUCCACCCAUCACUCAUCCCUUUGUUUCCACUUCAAGCAUGACCAGGUCGGGCUCAGAUGAGUUUGGCAGAGUAAAGGGAGCAGCCGCAGGCUCAAGGAAGUGUUGA